AUGGCUACAAGCACAGAGUGCAUAGACAAAGGACAGUAUAAAGUCUUAGGAAUGAUUUGUAUAUCAAAAUCGCUCUAUAAGCUGAGACUUGGCACCGAAAAACCUGAUGGCAUUCAUAAAGUGCUGCUGCAGAGUGACUCAAAGCUCAGCGUUGCCUAUUUCAUAGAUCCAAUAGACUUCGGCGCAGAAAGCACAAUAUUAGUACAUGAGCGCACAAUUCCUCCAUUUUUAUCAAACACAUGCUAUACAAUGGUUCAUAGGAAAAAAUACAGCGUGCCAAGUGCAUUAAUAGAAAAAUUGCUAUAUAAAGGCAAAGAAGUAUUAUGCACCAAAAAGUUGAGUAAAUGA